CUGGCAAGACGCGCCUCCGGCAUAUUCGCAGAGUGCAGUCCAGGAUGUAGGCGUACCCCCUCGAAGGUUCGGUAAUGGCCGCAACACAUCGUACGAUCGAGUACCCGACAGGCAGGAGAGACUGUUACAUGACGCCUUCGAAGCGAAGCAGCAGGUUACUAUGAUUUGAUCCCUUCGUUGCAUCUAUCGUUCUCAUACCGACUCCACCGCUCAUCCAGACUGUGAUGCACGAACCUCCUCCUCGAUACACGCAUCGCCCUGCUGAAGGAGGCCGACGUCCAUGACCGAACCGCCAGCAGGUCGCGCCUCAGAGGAUCGCCCUACAAUGUCUGGCAAUAUCCCAAUGGAUGGCAACCGCAUGCAUGGCUCUUCAGAAGCGCAGGAUAGUUAUGCUAGGAUGGCUCCGAAGUAUGUGGAUGCUCCAUUGCCGGUGACAGCUCACCGCUCUGUUGGGUUGACUUCGGAGAAUAAUGCAGCUGGGCGAAGCCGUUCGGGGCCGAAUGCGAAUACUCUUCCGCACGAGAUCAUGACCUCAGACCGCAGGCUUUCGCAACACAUGAAUGAAUACCCGAAAACGUCUGGUUCUUCGCAUCCACAUCAGCAGACGCACUAUGAGAGGAGGGACCGUUCAAACCGUCCGACGCGCUUCGGCCCUGAGCAGGCGAAACAACCCACUUCUGACUCUGUUCCGUCCGAGCCUCGGAUUUGGAUCACGCGGGAAGAGUCGCAACGUUUUGAGAGCCGCGCACGAGAGCAGCAGCCCGUGGAAGAGCCCACGAGACGAGAUGAACCUCGUCCUUCUAGAACCGCAACUCUUCCCUGGUAUCCGCAGGGCCACGAAAAUCCGACUACGGGAGCAGAUCUACCGACCAGGGGCGAUCGCAUGCAGCGCAGCGAAGGGAAUGCUGGGCUACCAGUCGCCGACGCGACGCGGCCGACACAUGAGUCGGAUUUUGCGUCGGAACGUGGAAGGGGUGGUGGUUCUAGUGGGGACCAACGUCGUAGCUCGUUUAGUCUCGAAAAUCGCAUCAGCACACACUAUGAAGGACAGCUGUCGGAGGGAAGAUAUCGAACCAGCCAAGCCCUGCCUUCAUCGUUGCCCGCUCGGCCAAUUGCACCCGCCACGCACGUUCAGGCGCAGCCGCCUCCUUAUCGCGACGGCGGAGAUCGUCCUCAAUAUCGCGAGGAGGGUGGAGCGUCUUGGGAGCAUUCCGAUUCGAAUGCUGUCAGGAAUCCCUCUCCCUCCAAUGGUGCACGAGUGCACCCCGACCGGGCCCGCUAUCUGCAAACCGUCACGAACCCUGUGCCGGAACCGGAUGAAGAUGCAUCGAUGAAGACAUCCAAACCAGUACGGAUCCGUCGUCCCCCUCCUAUGUCUACAAAACAACAUCAGGAGGAUUACGGCCCAUCACGGUCGAGCAGGGAUUCGAGGGCAAACUAUCGUGGUACGCCGGCAGCUGUUAUGGAGCCAGAAUCUUCAGAUGCGCGGCCGGAAAUAAGGCGUGCGGGCGCCCCUCCUCAAUCACUGCGAGACAGGGUGGACCUCUAUUCGCAGGGGACGAGCGAGGGUUCAGGAAAUAUGCAUACUGACUCUCCCAUGGACGCUGAGUACGACGGUGGGGGUCAUUCCAGUGAAUUCACUUUCCGAGGAAUGAGGGGUGGCAAAAGGCGUGGAAGGCGAGGCAGGAGAGGAGGGAUGCCCAUGUGAAGGUUGAGGUUGCUAAUAUUGUGCGGACGAGAUGCCUACCAAUUCCUUUGUCGGAUAAAUUUCUGUCAUACAGUGCAAUCUUGAGGUUAGCAGAGUCGAGAAUAUGAUUCAAUAAUGUCCGCGAUGCAUGGGAGCGUCCUCACUCCUGGUGAUGCCGACAUCAGGUCUAUUGAUUCCCUCCGCCGGGG